AACAACACCCACAGCCCCACAGCUCCCAAGAUGACCGACAAUAUCCCCUUACAGCCUGUAAGGCAGAAGAAACGAGGGGACAGCAAGCACAAGAAAGGAUGUUGCCCUUGUGUAGGAUGUUGCGGUCGUCGGGAGCUGAGGCCACGAACCGUCUGGCUUGGGCACCCAGAGAAAAGGGAACAGAGAUACCCCAAAAACGUCAUAAACAAUCAAAAAUACAACUUCUUCACAUUCCUUCCAGGGAUCCUUUACAACCAGUUUAAAUACUUUUUCAACCUCUAUUUCCUGGUUCUGGCCUGUACCCAGUUUGUACCAGAAAUGCGCCUUGGCCCUCUUUAUACUUUUUGGGUACCCCUGGGAUUCGUCUUGUUGGUCACCAUCAUUCGAGAGGCGGUGGAGGAGAUCCGAUGUUUUGUACGUGACAAGGAAGUAAACUCGCAGAUCUACAGCAAACUCACAAACAGAGGUACGGUAAAGGUGAGAAGUUCAAAUAUUCAAGUUGGAGAUCUCGUUAUAGUGGAAAAGAAUCAGAGAAUUCCUGCUGACAUGAUCUUCCUGAGGACGUCAGAAAAGAACGGGUCCUGCUUUCUUCGCACGGACCAGCUGGAUGGAGAGACAGACUGGAAGUUGCGGUUGCCUGUAGCCUGCACACAGAGGUUGCCCACGGCUGCUGACCUUUUACAAAUCCGGUCUUACAUUUAUGCGGAAGAACCAAAUAUUGACAUUCAUAAUUUUGCUGGAACUUUCACAAGAGAGGACAGUGACCCUCCAACGAAUGAAAGUUUAAGCAUCGAAAACACUUUAUGGGCGAGCACUGUCAUUGCAUCAGGUACAGUCGUAGGCGUUGUUGUUUAUACCGGCCGCGAGCAGCGCAGUGUCAUGAACACCUCAAACCCAAGGAGCAAGAUUGGGCUUUUUGAUUUGGAGUUGAAUUGUCUCACAAAGAUUCUGUUCAGCGCCCUGAUUGUUGUGUCUCUUGUCAUGGUGGCUCUUCAACAUUUUGCCGGGCGCUGGUACCUGCAGAUCAUCCGGUUCCUCCUGCUUUUUUCAAGUAUUAUUCCUAUCAGUUUAAGGGUAAACCUGGAUAUGGGGAAGAUUGUUUACAGUUGGCUGAUCCGUAGAGACCCCAAGAUUCCAGGCACUGUGGUCAGAGCCAGCACCAUUCCGGAGCAGCUGGGGCGCAUCUCCUACUUACUCACAGAUAAAACUGGAACCCUUACUCAGAAUGAGAUGGUGUUCAAACGUCUCCAUCUGGGCACAGUCGCUUAUGGCACAGACUCUAUGGAUGAAGUGCAGAGUCACAUCUUCAGCGUAUACACACAGCCGGCACAGGACCCUCCGUCCCAAAAGGGCAUGUCCACCAAAGUACGGAAAACCAUGAGCAGUCGUGUGUAUGAGGCAGUGAAAGCCAUCGCUCUUUGCCAUAAUGUGACACCUUCUUAUGAGUCCAACGGAGUGACUGACCAAGCUGAGGCAGAAAGGCAGUUUGAGGAUUCCUGUAGGGUGUAUCAGGCCUCCAGCCCUGAUGAGGUGGCCCUGGUACAGUGGACAGAAAGCGUGGGGCUCUCAUUGGUUGGUCGCGAUCAAUCCUCUAUGCAACUGAGGACACCUAGUGGGCAAAUACUGAACUUCUCAAUCCUGCAGAUCUUUCCAUUCACUUAUGAAAGCAAGCGCAUGGGUAUUAUUGUCAGAGAGGACUCUACAGGGGAAAUUACAUUCUACAUGAAAGGAGCCGACGUGGUGAUGGCCGGCAUUGUGCAGUAUAAUGACUGGCUGGAGGAAGAGUGUGGGAAUAUGGCUCGAGAAGGGUUAAGGGUUCUUGUCGUGGCCAAAAAGUCAUUGACUGAGGAGCAAUAUCAGGAUUUUGAGGCUCGGUAUGUUCAGGCAAAGCUGAGUGUCCAUGAUCGUUCCCUUAAAGUAGCAACAGUGAUAGAGAGCUUGGAGAUGGAGAUGGAGCUUCUGUGCCUAACUGGAGUAGAAGACCAACUGCAAGCGGACGUACGGCCUACCCUUGAGAUGCUAAGGAAUGCUGGCAUGAAGGUCUGGAUGUUAACAGGAGACAAACUAGAGACGGCUACUUGUACGGCAAAGAAUGCACAUCUGGUGACAAGGAACCAGGAUAUUCAUGUUUUCCGACCUGUGACAAAUCGGGGAGAAGCCCAUCUGGAACUAAAUGCGUUUCGGAGAAAGCACGACUGUGCCUUAGUUAUAUCUGGCGAUUCCUUGGAGGUAUGUCUGAAAUAUUACGAGUAUGAGUUUAUGGAGCUUGCGUGCCAGUGUCCCGCUGUUGUGUGCUGUCGCUGUGCCCCCACCCAGAAGGCUCAGAUUGUUCGGCUGCUGCAGGAAAGGACAGGAAAACUCACCUGUGCUGUUGGAGACGGAGGUAAUGAUGUGAGCAUGAUCCAAGAAGCCGACUGUGGAGUUGGAGUUGAAGGAAAGGAAGGGAAGCAAGCAUCUUUAGCUGCCGACUUCUCCGUCACCCAGUUUAAGCAUUUGGGCAGGUUGCUAAUGGUGCACGGACGUAACAGCUACAAGAGAUCAGCAGGACUGAGCCAGUUUGUCAUUCACAGGAGCCUGUGCAUCAGCACCAUGCAGGCCGUCUUCUCAUCUGUAUUUUACUUUGCCUCUGUGCCGUUGUACCAAGGGUUCCUUAUUAUUGGAUAUUCUACGAUCUAUACAAUGUUCCCAGUAUUUUCCCUGGUCUUGGACAAAGAUGUGAAAUCAGAAGUCGCAAUGUUGUAUCCCGAACUCUACAAAGACCUACUUAAAGGCCGACCUUUGUCAUACAAAACAUUUCUCAUUUGGGUUUUGAUCAGUAUCUAUCAAGGAAGUAUCAUCAUGUAUGGGGCAUUACUUCUGUUUGAGUCAGAGUUUGUCCACAUCGUGGCCAUUUCCUUCACAUCUCUAAUACUCACAGAGCUUCUCAUGGUGGCCCUGACCAUCCAGACAUGGCACUGGUUAAUGAUCGUUGCCGAGCUCCUCAGUCUUUCCUGCUACGUGGCAUCUUUGGUCUUCUUACACGAAUUCAUAGAUGUCUACUUCAUUGCUACAUUGUCAUUCCUCUGGAAAGUCACCUCAAUCACGUUGGUCAGUUGCCUGCCCCUCUAUGUUCUCAAGUAUCUGAGAAGGAAAUUCUCACCUCCCAAUUACUCCAAGCUGACAUCCUAGACUCUUAACUACCGAAACUCUAAUGGAGGGACAGUGAAGAACAAUUUGCCAACCUAGUUGGAUUGUCAUGUGGAUUGUGCCGUUAGCCAAUAUUCGAUGCUGCUUUUAUGAACAAAAGGGAUAUUGGGCAUUGGAACAGAAUGUCAAUCGGUGAUGAACAAUGAUUCCUUCUCGGAAGAAAGAAGAGGAUCCGGGGCUUUGUCGUAGAAGCUCUGGGGCCAAUCAGAUCACUGGAGGCAUGACUCGUUAGCAUUACUUUGUUGUUUCUGGUGUCUGUUCUCCCAGAAAAAGGGAAUAUUUGUGGAAACUAGAAAGAGAUAAAGAUUAACACCAAACUAUUCUAUUACAUUUCACAGCCUCCUCUGCAACCCCUUUAAAUCUCACAAAUCAAAGCCAAUGACCAUAGUCUGUUGAAGUGCACGGUGGCCUUACAGAGGCAGAUAUCCCUGGGGCUUACAAAUAUGGCCACCGGAGGGGAACAUUGUGUUUACAGAAAUUCAGCAAAUUAUUUUUUUUUUUCUAAUUCCUAUCACUGAUAUUAACAUGCAGUAAUUUAAUUUAUUACUAUGAUGAUCAAGGGUAACGCAGUCUACAUGCCACUCGACUAAAUAGAAAUAGAUCUCACAAGCAUUAUGGGAUAGUAGCUUUUACUUGAAUAUCGCUGCAACAGACAACAUGGCCGCGUGGUCGUCUGGUCAUUCAGCAAUAAAGUGCCAGGGGCAGAAGAAAUAAUCCGCAUGUUCUUGUUAGUUUAUGUUGUUGGCUUUAAAGAGAUUGUGAAUAUAACUAUAUUGACAACUUUAUAACCUGGGCUAGUAACCCAUAGCAACUGAUGAGCAGGUAGUUUUUACGGAUCUAGUGCAGUUAGACUAAGUAGAGGUUGGUAGAUGAUUUCACUUAGCAGCUAUGGGACUUUGAUGGGAGUUAGUAGAUCCAUAUCUGCCCCCCAGGCACCCCAAGAUGUGAAGAAAUACAUGAUACACCAAGUCACUUUUAUGGGUUGGGCCGGGAAAUUUUUUAGACUUUGUAAACAUGGAGCUCCAUCUACUACUAAGCUAUGGUUGGUUAAAAGGAAACUGGGGAUAGGCCUGGGUCUUGGGUGGCACAAUAUAAGGCCACAUCUACAAUAGAAGGAGCAGUUGAAUUGGUACAACCAGGAAGGGGGGUCCAUAUGAGUCAAUGGAAAGGGAAAGCGUAGCCAAACUAGGGUGCAUAGUCUCCAGCACAACAAGCUGCCCAGCUCAGGGUACUUUGCUUUCCUGCCAAGUGUCGCAGGGCAUCAUUGACUCCCUAUAGUAGCAGGCAGAAGAGUAAAAUCCCCCAAUGCUCUGAAAAGACUCUAAUAUUUGUCAGAUGUGAGCUUGUCAGUAAAACCCAUACCGUAAAGAAAAUUAACCUCUGCUAUGCUGAAAAGUAGGCCUGCUCGGCAGUAGGUUUGGGUGCCAAGAUACAAACCUUCAGCCAUUGGGAGUGGAACACUGUAAAGAACUUAACUGGACUGAAACUCCAAUAACUCCAACCAACAGGCCAUCGUACAAAAGGUUUUAUUCAACUAGCACAAAAGACUAUGUGCGUUUCACGCCCUGGGGCAUUCAGUCGUAGGCUAAGUGCCCAACGCUUAUAAACUUGCCAGUCCUAUGAUGGGCCGCUCCCCUUGGCUCAAGGUUUGGGACUUGGCAUCCAAACCCAACGAUUCUGCUGGGGAGUUGCUGCCCAUAUUGUGGCAUGUUUGUCACUAGACUGACAGGGUCAUUUGGCCCAAAGCUGGGUCACAGAACAAAAGAGCUAUAGAGGGACAAUCAAAUCCAAAUUGUCUUAUUGUCUUUGGAUGCAACUGUCUGCCACAUGCUAAAAAGUUGUUCUAAGGUGAAGUGUCUGUGUAUGAAUCAAGGCUGGAAUUAAAAGUAUAUUUAAUAUAUAAUACUGGCUAAUAUAAUUAAAAGGACAAUGGUUGCCCAGAUGUAGCAAUCCACAGUGACCAAUCAGAUGUUUGCCUUCCAACAGCUAACCAGUUAAUGCUACGUGUUGAUUGGUUGCAAAGGGUUACUCAACCUCCCGUAAACUUCACCCCCAUGCGUUUAUUUCCGCUCCUUCAGGCUAAAGGCAGACUUUGUUCUUUUAAAUUUGCUUUUAAUGUUUAUUGCAGCUUUACCAGGUAUGAAACCCAAACUGAACUGGCUGUAAAAAGGUUCCACCGCGGCGCGAUAAGAAUCUGGAAAUUCAUGUAAAAGCCUAACCUUUGGCUCUUUAUAAAUGUAUAUCAAUGCUAAAUCAUUAAUAACAUCAUUUCCAUAGCCUUUGUUUUAAGAUAUGAAAUGUUAAUUACCGUGCCCCCUCCCUCUGGUGCAACCUAAUGACUCACGCUGUGUCUCACCGCCGGCGUGUCCACUCAUUGGCACUGGGUCAGCGGCGUGACUCACUGGCCUGGGUCUGUAGCUUGCAGCAGGGAACUUGCACAACUACACCACUCUCUGGGCACUAAGGGAACCAGCUCUGCACUUUUAUGCCAAGUGCCAUGUAUUUAUGUGAAACUGUCUCUUUAUUUGUCUCUACUUCAUAAUAAAUUAUUUGGAACUGCAUUAUGAGGUGCCAAAAUUAGCGUCCAUGGAUUUUCUUUUUAAUUGUACUUCAAAAUGUGAUCAAUAUUGGUGCCAUUUUCCCCACUCCAUUUAAACAAAGCCUUCCUUUGUAACAGGGCUUAUUACUGUAAUAUUAACUCUGCCUCUAUUGAUUCGGCUGUUGCGCUACGAUCGCCCGCCAUGGUCGUUAGGGCAGCAUUAUUAGGGCAACUCCAGAGUCACAUGAUUGUUUCCAUCUUCCGCUUUAUUCCUGUUUAAUGUCUGAUUCUUUAGAUAUUCAUGGGCCGCUGUUUUAAUGGGGGCUUGUGAAUCCAAAUAACCAAAUUCAAAUAGGAAAAUGAUAUUCUUCAUUGUGGAUUUUAUGUUCUGGUUCUGAAUGGAAGGAAAGGGAAGGCGGGAUGCGAUUUCCAUAAUACCCUUGGCAUUCAAUUAAGUACAAUAAAAAAACAAAAGCAUGAAACACUUGCACCCCCAUUCUAAUUAUUGGGGCUUGGACGUAAAUUCUGGCUCCCUGCUUUCAGAUCUGUAUUGUUUAGAUGAUGAUGAUGUAUAUAUCGGACGCCAAUAUGAAUAUUGUUUAUUUAUUGUCCUGUGCUGUAACAUACUCAGCCUGUCUGACAGUCGGAAAAGAGAUUUGCAGAAGAUUAAAGUGACUUUAUGCA